CCCUGCUGUUUGUUUGGCGAACGUAGAAGAACUACCAACCCAGAACACCGAUCCCGACGAUGAACCCUCCAUGGAAGAAAAGCUGGAAGAAAGUGUGAACAGUGCCCCUUUAGAACCAGAAGAAAAAGCCCGUGCAUGUGCGAUGCUACUGGCCAGGAGGGAUACCUUUGCUCCUA